CUUCAGAAAGGUUUGCUUUUUCCUCCUCCCCUCCUCAUCGAAACUGGAAAAGGAAAUUUCUGGGGAUUGGAGUUCCUCCUCCGGGCUAGGGAGUGAAAGCCCCGGAGGUUGCAAGGGUCGGAGGAGAGGGGUUUGCCCGGAGCAUGGAUAGGAACGGAGCUGGGGUUCUCUUGGGCUCAGCGCGCACUGAGGCUCAGCGCCCGGCGGAGCUGCAGCUGCGGAUGAGAAAGACGCCGCCUGGCUCAUGAAGGCCACCUGGAUCCGGCUUCUGAAAAGAGCCAAGGGAGGAAGGCUGAAGAAUUCGGACAUCUGUGGUUCGGCCGACUCUUACACCAGCCGUCCGUCUGAUUCCGAUGUUUCUCUGGAGGAAGACCGGGAGGCAGUACGCAGAGAAGCAGAGCGACAGGCUCAGGCCCAGCUGGAAAAAUCCAAGACAAAGCCUGUUGCCUUUGCCGUUCGGACAAAUGUCAGCUACAGUGCAGCCCAUGAAGAUGAUGUUCCCGUGCCAGGCAUGGCCAUCUCAUUCGAAGCAAAAGAUUUUCUGCAUGUUAAGGAAAAAUUUAACAAUGACUGGUGGAUAGGGCGGUUGGUGAAAGAAGGCUGUGAAAUCGGAUUCAUUCCAAGCCCGGUCAAACUCGAGAACAUGAGGCUACAGCAUGAGCAGCGAGCCAAGCAGGGGAAAUUCUACUCCAGUAAAUCAGGAGGAAAUUCAUCAUCCAGUUUGGGUGACAUAGUUCCUAGCUCCAGAAAAUCGACGCCUCCAUCCUCGGCUAUAGACAUAGAUGCUACUGGCUUAGAUGCAGAAGACAAUGAUAUUCCAGCAAACCACCGCUCCCCUAAACCCAGUGCAAACAGUGUAACGUCACCCCACUCCAAAGAGAAAAGAAUGCCCUUCUUUAAGAAGACAGAGCACAUGCCGCCCUACGAUGUGGUCCCCUCCAUGCGCCCUGUGGUCCUGGUGGGCCCAUCCUUGAAAGGCUACGAGGUCACAGAUAUGAUGCAGAAAGCGCUCUUUGACUUCCUGAAGCACCGAUUUGAAGGGCGGAUCUCCAUCACCCGGGUCACAGCGGACAUCUCACUCGCCAAACGUUCAGUGUUAAACAAUCCUAGUAAACAUGCGAUAAUAGAAAGAUCCAGCACAAGGUCAAGCUUAGCGGAAGUCCAGAGUGAAAUUGAAAGGAUUUUUGAACUUGCAAGAACACUGCAAUUGGUUGUCCUUGAUGCAGACACGAUUAAUCAUCCAGCUCAACUCAGUAAAACCUCAUUGGCCCCAAUUAUAGUGUAUGUGAAGAUCUCCUCUCCAAAGGUUUUACAACGGCUAAUAAAAUCACGAGGGAAAUCUCAAGCUAAACACCUCAACGUCCAGAUGGUUGCGGCUGAUAAACUGGCUCAGUGUCCUCCAGAGUUGUUUGACGUGAUCCUGGAUGAGAACCAGCUGGAGGAUGCCUGCGAACACCUGGCCGACUACAUGGAGGCCUACUGGAAGGCCACCCACCCUCCAAGCAGCAACCUCUCCAACCCGCUUCUCAACCGGACUCUAGCCACAUCCACUCUGCCUGUCAGCCCCACUCGCGCCUCUAAUUCCCAGGGUCCCCAAGGCGACCUGCGGACAGAACGCUCCACGGUGGCCCGUUCUGCCUCCCAUGCAGAAGAGGAGCCCUGCCCAGAACCUGUCAGGAAGUCCCAGCACCGCCCCUCAGCUCAGCACAACCACCGCAGCGGUGCCAGCCGUGGCCUCUCCAGGCAGGAGACAAUUGACUCAGAGACCCAGGAGAGUCGAGACUCUGCCUAUGUGGAGCCCCAGGAAGAUUACACCCACGAUCAUGUGGACCACUAUGUCCCGCACCGUGAGCACCACCACGGGAGCAGUGAGCACAGACACAGGGAGGCUCGGUACCGGGCCAGGGAUCGAGAGCAGGACCACAACGAGUGCAACCGACAGCGCAGCCACCACAAAUCCAAGGAUCGCUACUGUGACAAGGAGGGAGAAGGGACCGCCAGGAAACGGAAUGAGGCAGGGGAGUGGGGCAGGGAUGUUUACGUCCGCCAGUGACUCAUGCCCUUGUGAGUGCGUGUGUGUUUUGUUUUUUAAGUCUUGUAUAACACCCCCAAACUCAUCUUUUGGGGUCCACGUUGCAAUCCUAUGUGAUGUCUCUUGUAUAUUUUGUACUGCUGUUGC